GCAUCAUCGAAAAACCACGCGCCUCUCCACUCGAAGAAUCUGCACUUCGGCUUCCCGCGUCGAGAGGGGGCAGCCGACACUCGACUUCGGAUUCAGAGACGGUCACUUUGAUCUCAACCUGGAGCAGCCGGCCUUCCGUCUCCCAGAAGCUUCAAUCCGCCCUCUCGGCGAAGACGAGUCCGCCCCCGGCCUUGUCCUGGUUCACUGGACCUCGAUGCCAGCUGCCUCGAACUCCAGUUAGCCCCCAAAUAUGAACCAACAGCCCGAUCUCUACUUUCCGGCAUACGCGAUGAGUGCCGCAAACCGGUCCCCCCGCUCUUCGAGGCCGGGCUACAACACCACCACCGGUCAUCCCGGCCUCAACCGUUUGGACCAGCGGCAAAUGGACCCUGCCGGCCAACCACCCACGGCCCUUUUUACCGCCGAUGAUCGCUUCGGUUCGUACGAUGGCAACGCCUUCAGGCACAACAGAAUGCAACCCUCCCCAGGCUUUGUGGCCGACAACUUCAUGGGCAAUGCUCAGGCUUGGGCGUACAACUCCGGUGCAAGCACCGUGACCGGAGCGCUGGGCGAUGGAAGGCUUCGUUCAGGCGCCCGGCGGGCAAUCCCCCAGGAGUGGACCAUGCCCGAACAGCCCGGCCUCGGAAGCCAGCCCCCUCCCCCCGUCCCUUCUGCUCAGUAUCCUGCAGUCGGUAGCUUCAACCCAGCCAUGAACAUCAUGAACGGCGACGGAGCUUUCCCGAGCGAGCGGCACGGUUACCCGACCAACAUGUACGACCCUCGCCAUGAGCCCAAGGCGUUGGGCAACGACCUGAUCCCGACCGCCAUCGUUAUCAAAAACAUCCCCUUCAACGUGAGAAAGGAGAUGCUUACGACCAUCAUGUCCGAACUAGGGCUGCCACAGCCGUACGCAUUCAACUACCAUUUCGACAACGGCAUCUUCCGUGGCCUCGCCUUCGCUAAUUUUCAGAACCCGGUCGACACGCAGACUGUUAUCGAGCAGUUGAACGGCUACGAGGUCCAGGGCAGGAAGCUGAGGGUCGAGUACAAAAAGAUGCUGCCCGAGCACGAAAGAGAGAGGAUUGAGCGGGAGAAGCGGGAGAAACGCGGUCAACUCGAGGAGCAGCACCAGCCCAUAACUCUCCAUUCGCAAUCUUCGAUGCAUUCGCUGAAUGCCGCACACACUUCGCGAACUCGGAACUCGCCGUUGCGCAAGUCUCCUGCAGAGGCUCCCGCGAGAAGCGCGGCCCCGAACCCCCAUGCGGGUCCUGGGGAUGUGGACCUUAACAACCCAGACACACUGAGCUUCUACACCGAGUUGAUGCUCUUCAAGAGCGAUCCGAGCCGGGAGAUCAUUGUUUUCCCCAGCACCAUCACCCCCCAGCAACGGCGCACUGUCCACAUUCUGGCACACAACAUGGGUCUCGAACACCGGUCGGUGGGCGAGGGACAACACAGGCAAAUCCAUGUUAUCAAGGACACUGGAGCCGCGCCAGCCAUCCACAUGCCUCCGGGGGUCUCUGCCGAUGCCCACCGCCGGGGCCUGAGCCGCGCCGCCACGAUUGACUUUGCCGAGACGCGCGGCAACGUACCCGGCCAGUACAAUACUCUAGGCAGACAGGGUCGCCAUGGCCCAACCCUAGAACUUCCCGACAGCCCGGAUGGUGGUCUGAAUGCGCUGCGCGGUGUCAAAUCGUUUGCCGACCUCCGGUCCUACACGCCGAGCCCGUCCCUGUCGACCGCGUCCGGAUAUCCCCAAGGGAGCGUCGCCCAUGCGACGAACGUGGCUCAGUAUGGCGAGUACAGUGCCAGUCUCGGCCAGCCCAGCGCCCUGACGACGCCGACGACGCCGGGCGCUGCGUCAAAUAACGACCCCUCCAUGUUGAUUGGCGAGUUGGGGUCCCUGAAUCUAAACGAGUCAUUCAAUGGCAACCGGCUUCGACCUAGGGAGACCCCCGGCGCCAUCGGAAGCCAGCGCCCUGGCCUAAACGGAACCAGCACCCGGAGCGUGCCCGAGCGCCAGCCUCACGGGCCCAGCGGCGACUGGGGCGAGAAGAUUGGUUUUGGGGGACGAGGCCGGACCAAUGGCCACAUCCAGCGGAGCAGCGACUCGUCCGACAACGGAGUUCGCACGACAUCCUCCUCGGCGUCAAGGUUCCAGUAGUGUGGAUCCCCGCCGUGCUCCACCCGGCAGCAGCGACAGGAAGCUUUGGCGAAGACGAGGUUUGCAUCCGCAAGAGCCAAGGUCCGCGAUGCUUCUGGCCCCUUAACGCCGUACGGUCUUGUCCGCCUCCGUUCGUUCGUGUCCUCUUGGUGGAUAUAUGGCUCCCCCCGACCGAAACCACCCGCUAAAGGUGCUCCGACGUUGUCUCAGACGCAGUCGGGUGGCAGUUGGUCAAGCCCAACGUCAGCCGGCC